AUGGGCAUAGAGACCCAGGAGGAAUUGGACUAUGUGAAGCAGCUCGGAAAAAAAUGGUAUCACAUUGGCGCGAUUCGGAAAAACGGAUGCAUGGCGAACAAGACAGAGCUUCUGAAGAUUCCUGAAUGCUCAGAUGACAAGAUGUUCAAAUUCAUUGAUGGCGUCACAAAAGGAACGUUCUUGUGGAACAACCACUGGUAUGCUAAUAAUCCGGAUUCAUUCUACCGCUAUGAAGAGUUCGAAAGUACUGUAGCGAUAUACAAUGGAUUGGUGGGAGAUUGGACAAUGCAUGAUGUUCUUCCUGGAGCUCUCUGCGGUGUCGCACUAUGUUAA